UAAAAUGCUGUCUUCCAGCUCUUUCUUGAAGGCCGCCAAGGCUGUUGCCCCUGCCGUUAAGACCUACGUCCCUGCCCGCACCUAUGCUCAGGUUGGUACCUGGGCUAGCCAGAAGGUUGCCAUGUCCAACCUCGAGAAGGACAAGUUCAUCAACUACCAGAGAAUCGAAGAUAACCUCGAGAUCGUCCGCAAGAGAUUGAACCGUCCCUUGACUUUGUCCGAGAAGGUCGUCUACGGCCAUUUGGAUGACGCCGAGAACCAGGACAUCGUCCGUGGUCAGUCUUACCUCAAGUUGCGCCCUGAUCGCGUUGCUUGCCAGGAUGCUACCGCCCAGAUGGCAUUGCUGCAAUUCAUGUCUGCCGGUCUUCCCAGCGUCGCCGUUCCUUCCACUGUUCACUGUGACCAUUUGAUCGAAGCCCAGGUUGGUGGUGUUAAGGAUUUGGCUCGUGCCAUCGACAUCAACAAGGAGGUCUACGAUUUCCUUGCCACUGCCACUGCCAAGUACAACCUUGGUUUCUGGAGACCCGGAUCUGGUAUCAUUCACCAGAUUAUCCUCGAGAACUAUGCUUUCCCCGGUGGUCUCAUGAUCGGUACUGACUCCCACACUCCCAACGCUGGUGGUCUUGGUAUGGUUGCCAUUGGUGUCGGUGGUGCUGAUGCCGUCGAUGUCAUGGCCGACAUUCCCUGGGAACUCAAGUGCCCCAAGGUUAUCGGUGUUAAGUUGACCGGCAAGCUCAACGGCUGGGUCUCGCCCAAGGAUGUCAUCCUCAAGGUCGCCGGUAUCCUCACCGUCAAGGGUGGAACUGGUGCUAUCGUCGAGUACCUCGGUGACGGUGUUGACUCCAUCUCCUGCACUGGUAUGGGUACCAUCUGUAACAUGGGUGCCGAAAUCGGUGCCACCACCUCCAUGUUCCCUUACAACGAGCGCAUGGGUGACUACCUCCGUGCCACCAACCGUUCCGAGAUUGCCCAGUACGCAAAGGCCUUCUCCCACAACCUCCGCGCUGAUGAGCACGCUCAGUACGAUGAGUUGAUCGAGAUCGACCUCAACACUCUCGAGCCCUACAUCAACGGUCCCUUCACUCCCGAUCUUGCCACCCCUCUCUCCAAGUUCAAGGAGACUGCCAAGGCCAACGACUGGCCCGCAGAGCUCAAGGUCGGUCUCAUCGGUUCCUGCACCAACUCUUCCUACGAAGACAUGGCCCGUUCCGCCUCCCUUGCCCAGCAGGCCAUGGACCACGGUGUCAAGGUCAAGUCCAAGUUCACAAUUACCCCUGGUUCCGAGCAGAUCCGUGCCACCAUCGAGCGUGACGGUAUCAUGGAGACCCUUACCGAAGCCGGUGGUGUCGUCCUUGCCAACGCCUGUGGCCCUUGCAUUGGUCAGUGGGACCGUAAGGACAUCAAGAAGGGUGACAAGAACUCCAUCAUCACCUCCUACAACCGUAACUUCACCGGUCGUAACGAUGCCAACCCCGCCACCCAUGCCUUUGUUGCCUCCCCUGAGAUCGUGACUGCCCUCACUAUCGCUGGUGACUUGACCUUCAACCCCCUCACUGACUCCCUCGUCGGUGCCGACGGUAAGCCCUACAAGCUCUCUCCCCCUACUGGUGAUGAGUUGCCCCCUCGCGGUUACGAUGCCGGUGAGAACACCUACCAGGAGCCCCCCACUGACCGCAGCAAUGUCAGCGUUGCCGUCGAUCCCGAAUCCAACCGUCUCCAGCUCCUCAAGCCUUUCUCCAAGUGGGAUGGCAAGGACAUCACCGGUGUCCCAAUCCUUAUCAAGGUCAAGGGCAAGUGCACCACCGAUCACAUCUCCAUGGCCGGUCCCUGGCUCAAGUACCGUGGUCACUUGGACAACAUCUCCAACAACAUGUUGAUCGGUGCCCUCAACUCUGAGAACAACGAGGUCAACAGCAUCAAGAACUGCUUCACCGGUAAGUACAACGGCGUCCCUGAGGUUGCCCGUGAGUACAAGGCCGAUGGUGUCCGUUGGGUUGUUGUCGGUGACGAGAACUACGGUGAAGGUUCUUCCCGUGAGCACGCCGCUCUCGAGCCCCGUUUCUUGAACGGUGCUGCCAUCAUCACCAAGUCCUUUGCUCGUAUCCACGAAACCAACUUGAAGAAGCAGGGUAUGCUUCCCCUCACCUUCGCCAACCCCGCCGAUUACGAGAAGGUCCAGCCCGCUGACAAGGUUGACAUCAUUGGUCUCACCGACUUCCAGGAGGGCAAGCCCCUCACCCUCCGUCUCAACCACGAGGAUGGCUCCAAGGAAGACAUCAAGCUUAACCACACCUUCAACCCUGGACAGAUCGAAUGGUUCAAGGCUGGUUCCGCUCUCAACCUUAUGAGACAGAAGGCUGGUUUGGUUUAAAUUUAUAAUAUUUUUUUUAACAACUUCCAACUCUAUUUUUUCUUUAAAAACAAAAAAAAAAGAAGAAAACAUAUACACUUUCACAUUGACCACCUUUAAUGGUCUUUCAUUUUCUUUACCUUCUCUUACUUUUAGUCUAGUGUAAAUUCUGUAAAAAAUAAAAAGAAAUGAGAAAAACUUAUACAAUUCAUUACAUACACAAUAUAUGCGAAAUUCCAAAAAAUCAAUAAUAUAUUCAAUUCAAUUCAAUUCAAUUC